AUGACGGCUACAUAUAGGCCUGUUAUUCGGUUUUAUCAACAAGAGCUGCCUCACCUGACCUCAGAUGUGGAUGAAGAUGUCGGAUUAAAUGUUUCUGGAGCACAUCGUCAAUCACCACCCGCAGUUGGGCUUCCGUCCGCGGCUGGAUCGACACCAGUUCGACUGACAAGCGUCGCUGCUAAUAUUAUCUCUACCAGUUUUCUUCUUGUUGCUGAUCAGUUGGGUCCUAAUCGAUUGCAUCGACUUGCCUGUAUUUUAAAUUCAGUAACAGUUGCAAAUGGUGAACUAGAACAGGAUCAAAAUAUGAAAUCGAGAAAAGAACAACACCAACAAAUAUUUAGAGUCGGCUCCUCCGAAAACCAAGUGAAAAAUAAUUCUGAGCAAGAAGAAGAUAGUGAACAACAGCUGGCACAUUUGAUGACCCAAUUAACCCCAGCGCAUUCAAUUGCAACUCUUGUCAAGUUAAUCAAGGUAAACCAGAACUAUGAUAUAAAAGUAUAA